UCGUAUUCAUUUUGUUUUCUCUAGAGUAGAAACCAAGAGAGAGGGCGAAAAUAAACUUUGACUUUUCUUAGUCUUUUUUCUUUCUUUCUUUUGACGACAAUUUUUCUAAGUCUUUGGUAACGAGUUUCUUGUUCUUGGUGUAUCUCUGCAACCAAUUCUUGAGGAAAUGGGACUUUCUCUUUCACUUCUCGUGUCUGCUUGUAAAGAAGUCUGGUCAAACCAACUCUCCAGUUUCAAGAACCCUGUCGAGAGUUUUCUUGGAACCAGAUCCUUCAGCAGAGGCUUGACAUCAAGAACCAACAGUUUCAAGAGCCAGGCGCCUGAACAAAACUCUCCCAAGGCCGCCGGUAUGGAGAGGUCGUUGAGCUUCAAUAACUGGGAGAUACCAACAGAAGAAGUCAACACCGAGCCGACGACGAACCAGGCAGAAGAUGAUCAGAUUGUGGGCGUGGAGAAGAAGCCUAAACGCAACAGUUUGAACGGACGAACCUGCGAGAGAAUCCAAAUAAUGAAACCCACCACGAUUAUUGCUCCCCCUAAGCCUUUUGUGUUCUUCUCCCCGAGACCGCUCGCCGAGCUUGACGCGGCUGCAACCACGCUGCAGAAGGUGUACAAGAGUUACCGGACUAGAAGGAACCUAGCGGAUUGCGCGGUUGUGGUUGAAGAGCUCUGGUGGAAGACUCUGGAUUCUGCAGCUCUGAAACUGAGUUCUGUUUCCUUCUUUGAAGAGGAGAAACAUGAAACCGCUGUUUCCAAGUGGGCACGAGCUAGAACACGAGCUGCUAAGGUUGGAAAAGGCUUGUCAAAAGAUGAAAAAGCUCAGAAGUUAGCUCUUCAGCAUUGGCUUGAAGCUAUUGACCCACGCCAUCGUUAUGGACACAACUUGCACUUCUAUUACGAUGUCUGGUCAGCAAGCAUGAGUGCACAACCAUUCUUCUACUGGCUGGACGUUGGCGAUGGAAAAGACAUAAAUCUUGAACACCACCCAAGAAGUGUUCUACAAAAACAAUGCAUUAAAUAUCUCGGACCUAUGGAGAGAGAAGCAUACGAGGUGAUAGUGGAGGACGGGAGACUAAUGUACAAACAGAACAUGACUCUGGUCAGUUCAACAGAGGAAUCCAAGACGAUUUUCGUACUUAGCACCACCAGAACCUUGUACGUAGGGCAGAAGAAGAAAGGUGUUUUCCAACACUCCAGUUUCUUAUCUGGCGGUGCCACGACAGCUGCAGGCAGAUUGGUGGCCCGGGACGGUGUUCUCGAGGCUAUAUGGCCGUACAGUGGACACUACCAACCAACGGAAGACAACUUUAAUGAAUUCAUAAGUUUCCUGGAAGAGAACAAUGUUGAUCUCACCAAUGUUAAGAGGUGCACUGUGAAUGAGGAAUAUUCGUCAUUCAAAUACGAAGAAGAAACAAAAGAAGAGGAAACGGAGAAUGAACAUGUAGAUACCAACAUUACAGAGGACAAAGAAGAAGAAGAGAAAGAGACACAAAGACCGGUGUUCGAGCUGUCCAAGAGGUUAUCUUGCAAAUGGACAAGUGGAGUUGGUCCAAGAAUUGGGUGUGUUAGAGAUUAUCCCAUGGAGCUGCAGUCGCAAGCAUUCGAACAAGUCAGCUUGUCUCCUCGGAUCUCGCCUGCUUCUGCACGUUUUCCGUCGCCGUACGGUCCUAUUCCUUCACCAAGGCCUAGUCCUAGAGUAAGAGUCUCUCCACGCUUAGCAUACAUGGGGAUACCAAGUCCUAGAGUUCAGGUAAACUGUUAGGCUUUUUGCUGUUGAAUUGUUUCACCCAAUAAGCGAGUCUUAUGACCUUUUUUAAGAUGUGAGAAAAAAGGCUUUAUUAAUUCUCCCAUCCUUUGUUCUUUAAUUCAUGUCAAAUCAAGUUUUUUUUUUCUUUUUAGCUCCCAUUUUGUAUUUGUAGUGGGUUCUUGGUUUUAUAAAUCCGAAAGGGCUGUAAAUUGAAGUUCUUAUUAAGAGACCUUGUGUGAUCUUUGAUCUGAAAUUGAAUUUAUUA